UCUUAAUAGUGUUGACAGGGAUGGGACACACAAACAUCGAUGACAUCUAUUUCUUCUAUGAUCAAUAAUAUUUAUCGUUUCGUUGUCUGAACCAGAACUAUUUGACAUACUGGUCUGUGACCCAUAUCACUGUGUCCUCUGAGUAUUACGUCAUGGGUGAUGACGUGAAUAAAUCCCCAGGGGUCGCCUUCGUCGGUGUCACUCUGGUGGGCGGGGCUCUACUGGCUGUGGCCGCUUUGACAAUAUGUACCACGUCUGAUCGAAAAAGAUAAUUUAUAAUAUAAAGAUUAAAUGAUGAAAAUCGAGACAACAUACCGCAUACAAUGGAGCGCAGUCGUGACAACGCCGAGGGAUUCAAUACAGAAAUUGAAAAUGUCUACUCUUAUGUCGGAAAUGGCCCGGAUGUUCUUCCCCAGCAACCAGUGGCGCCCUCUGUUUUAAGUGAGUUCGACUACGCUAUCGACAAGAGUCUCGGUAUGAACCUAGACAAACCUAGCGGUCAUAGGGAGGACGAUCUUAUUUUACAGGAAAAUCGUUAUGAAAAUUCUUUUGCUGUACAUCAGGAUGGCUUCCUUCCUGAUAAAGAGUAUUACCAAAAUCUGCGUUCUAUUGCCAAUGCAGCAGACAAACCCAGCAAAGAGAACGAAUAUGAUGCCAAUUCAAACCGAUGUUCAUCUAAUGGACCGAUAAACAAAGACAACGAAAAGGACAUUUACAAUCAGCUGAACCACGGGAAUCAGCAGGCUGUUGUGAUGGAGACACGUGACCCCUCCUACAGCCACCUACAACCACUGGGUACCUACCAGAGUACGGCUCCAAGACCCCUGUCCGUACCCCAGGCAGAAUACAUAUACCAAAACCAGUCUGAGCUGUACGAGGAUAGGAUGAAAAUGGUCUGGAUAUAAGUGUAUUUCUCUGUUCUCGUCAUGUAUAACACAUAUUGUUUGCU